UACGCCGCGCCAUCUGUACUAGUGAUCAAAUCCUUCGUAUAAACCAAAAGCAAACAGACCCGAGAAAGCUCCAAACUCAGAGCACCGUUGGAGAGAGCAUCAAUGGCCAACGAGUUGAUUCUGCUGGACACAUGGGUGAGCCCGUUUGGGAUGCGGGUCAGGAUCGCUCUACGCGAGAAGGGGAUCAAGUUCGAGUACAAGGAAGAAGAUUUGACUAACAAGAGCGAUCUGCUGCUGAAGAUGAACCCAAUUCACAAGAAGAUCCCGGUUCUGAUUCACAACGGGAAGCCCGUCCGCGAGUCUGGCAUCAUCGUUCAGUAUGUUGAUGAGGUUUGGCACGACAAGGCUCCAUUGCUGCCUUCUGAACCUUACCCCAGAGCUCAGGCUAGGUUCUGGGCUGAUUUCGUCGAUAAGAAGAUCUACGAUACAGGGAGGAAGAUCUGGACAACAAAAGGGGACGAGCAGAAGUCAGCCACAGAGGAGUUCAUAGGGUACCUGAAAACACUGGAAGCAGAGCUGGGAGACAAGCCGUAUUUCGGAGGGGAGAAGCUUGGCUAUGUGGAUGUGACAAUGAUACCAUUCUACUCAUGGUUCCAUGCCUAUGAAGUCAGUGGCAACUUCAGCAUUGAAUCAAACUGCCCCAAGCUGAUGGCAUGGGCCAAGAGGUGCAUGCAGCACGAGAGCGUGUCCAAAACCCUUCCAGACCCCAAGAAGGUCUAUGAGUUCAUCCUGCAGCUGAAGAAGAGGCUUGGAAUUGAGUAACUGAAGAAUCUUUUGAUAGAUUCUUGUCCUAGGGUUUGUCUAAUUCCGUAUGGAGCUACUUAGGUCUGUGUUCUUAAGUUGAGUGUUUGUGAGUUGAGGCAAAUAAAGGAAGGCACCUUGAUGUGGUGUGCCUCCAGUCUAGGAGUGGGCACUUAAAUUUGCCUUACUGUGGUUGAGUAAUGUCAUGUGUGAUGCUUCAGUGUAGUUGUUUGUUUCUCUUAGUCUUAGGUGAAAAUAAAACUGCUAGAAGGUUUGGAAUUUGAAUCCAUUACGGGAGCACCGUUGCACCACGUGGGUGAGACUUGUUAGCCAAUCUGACUGUUGGCAAGCAAUCUUUCUUCUAUAGGAAUUUGAGGAGGGUUUGACUUUGAACCAGAGCUAGGUACAAUGUUUGAAGUGG